CCACCGCCGCUUCCGCGCGGAGCGGCUCCGGCCGCGCCAUGGAGCUCCUGCAGCCGGCCGCCCUCCUCCUCCUCCCCUUACUGCUCGUCCCGCUGGCGCUCGUGGCCAGGAGGCGCAGCGGCCGGCGGACACCUCCGCUCAGUCUCCUGGUGGUGGCUGGCUCCGGUGGGCACACAACAGAAAUCCUGAGGUUACUUAGCUGUUUGUCAGAGUCCUACUCUCCUAGACAUUAUGUUUUUGCAGACUCAGAUAAGAUGAGUGAAGCUAAAAUACGUUCUUUUGAACAAAAAAGGGCUGAAACAUUCCCCAAAUCACAGUUCACCCUUCAUCGCAUUCCCAGAAGCCGUGAGGUUAGACAGUCUUGGAUCUCCUCUGUGGUAACAACCCUAUACUCCAUACUCUACUCUCUUCCUUUGACCAACAAACUGAAACCAGAUUUGAUAUUGUGCAAUGGACCAGGAACAUGUGUUCCUGUCUGUAUAUCUGCUCUUCUUCUUGGCCUUCUAGGAAUAAAGAGAUCAAUCAUUGUAUAUGUAGAGAGCAUCUGCCGUGUGGAGACUUUAUCCCUGUCUGGAAAGAUUCUUUACUACUUUUCAGAUUAUUUCAUCGUUCAGUGGCCUCAUCUAAAGGAAAAAUAUCCCAAGUCAGUAUAUCUUGGUCGAAUCGUGUAACAACAGAAGACAAGCUUUACCUAAAAUAAACUCUGCAAGCUCCUCACUGAAGAAUUGCAUUCAUGUAGCAAUUUAUUUUCAAGAAUUCCUAUUAAGAAAUGAAGCUGGUACUGGAAAAUGAGGCAAUAAUAAAGAUAUAUCUACAUUUAGGUAAAAUUUUUGUGUAGUUGAGUUUAUUGCUGUCAUUUAGGUCUGUUUACCAAUACACCAUAAUGGCUUUUAAGUCAAUGCUGUCUCUGUUUUCAUCUAGUUUUCCUGCUAUGUGAAUGGUAAUUUUUGUCUACAAAUAAAUAUGGGAAUUUGUAUGAAUGUAACAUUUCCUUUAAGGAAACUUUGUGUUUUCUAAAUUGUAAGCAACAAAGUCUUUUUCUAGCACAACAGACUUUAUUUCCUGUAUGCUAGCAGUGAAGUCCCUUGUGAAUCCUUAGAGUAUAAAGGAAACAGUUAUAUUAAGUUGGCUUCAUGACAGUUUGUACUCUACAGUCUUCCAAACCCCCCAAAGCAUUAAA